CGUAAGUGAACGUGUAGUUUCGAGAAAUGCCGCUGCACAUUAGCGCCCUGUAUCUCAGUUGUCAAAACGUAAAUCCUCGAGUAGGAUUCCAGAUUAAAAGCAAAAAUUUGAGGCCAAAUUUCCCGGCCGUUUUGGCUGGCGUUAAAAUAUCAAUUUAAAUUUUGUGUGUUUUAAUAAUUUAACAAGUAAAAUGAGGUCAGCUGUGAUAUUAUUACUGAGUUCUUUGCUCACGUGCAUUGUUAUUGGAAAUGCGUAUUAUCAAAAAAAACAAUUCUAUCCUUCAGUCGUCUACAUAACCAAGUCAAAUCCUAGUAUGGCUGUGAUCUACAUUCAAGGACUGAUACUUGUUUUUAUGACAAAUACAUUUUUGAGAAAAAUCUUCUUUGGUAAUCUUAGAGCAGCCGAAUUAGAGCAUCUUGUAGAAAAAGCUUGGUAUGCUGUAACAGAGACCUGUUUGGCAUUCACCGUUUUUAGGGAUGAUUUUAGUCCUAAAUUUAUAGCUCUAUUUACUCUAUUGUUAUUCUUGAAAUCUUUUCAUUGGCUAGCAGAAGAUAGGGUAGACUACAUGGAAAGAAGUCCAGUGAUAACAUGGCUAUUUCACUUAAGGGUAGCGACACUACUAAUCAUUUUAUCCACAACAAAUAUGACAAUGAUUGAAUACGCAUACGAAUCGACUGUCGCAAAGGGUGCAUCUGUCCAGCUAGUAUUUGGUUUUGAGUAUGCAAUUCUAUUAACGGUUGUGCUUAAUAUCAGUUUGAAAUACAUACUUCAUACAAUUGACUUACAAAGAGAAACGCCUUGGGAAAAUAAACCUGUAUUUUUAUUGUACACUGAGCUCAUCAUUGGGUUGAUAAAGGUUCUUUUGUACCUGGCCUUCGUGAGUGUCAUGGUGAAAUUGUAUUCACUCCCGUUAUUCGCAUUAAGACCAAUGUAUUUCACUAUGCGCAACUUCAAAAAAGCCUUCCAGGAUAUUGUGAUGUCGAGACGAGCUAUUAGAAAUAUGAACACGUUCUAUCCUGAUGCCACACCUGCUGAGUUAGCAGCUGCUGACAAUGUUUGCAUAAUUUGCCGUGAGGAAAUGGUAUCAGCCAGUAAGAAACUUCCAUGCAAUCAUAUAUUUCAUACUGCUUGUCUACGGUCAUGGUUCCAACGUCAACAAACGUGCCCAACAUGUCGUUUAAAUAUCCUAAGACCCACCUCAGGUACAGGGGAUAAUCGUCAGCAAAAUCAGGCGCCAGGUGGGACCCAGACACAACAAUCCACUCCAGCACCGACACCUAAUCAAGAAGCUCCAAGAUCCGAGACCCUUCGAAAUCCCAAUGAUUUAAGGCCCUCGAUGACCCAAGGGACAGGUUUUAUCCCAGAAAAUAUGCCGUUUAUUCCACCACCAUUUCCAUCAAUUGUUCCUCUACCUCCAGUACCUAUACCCCCACCCAAUCUUACAACUCUCAGUGAAGAAGAGCUUAAAGCAAUGGAAGGAAACUUACGACAGGCUGUUGAAGCAAGAAUACAAACUUUACAGAGGGUACAACUUCUUUUAGAUGCUGCCAAUGCUAUGAUGUGUCAAUAUCAGAGUGCAGCAACAACUGCUAAUAUUCCAAUGCCAACAAUGAGUAAUAUAACCAGCACAAAUUCACAAAUGAAACAACAAGAAACAUUCAAAAUCCCUGAGCCAACAACAGAAAGUAAUAUAACUCAGAAAAAUGUCCCCGAAGUUUCCCAGUCUAGUGUAUCUAAUGGAAAUACUUCAAACACGACUAAUGAAGGUAAUGAACCUAUUCCUUCUACAUCAGAAACUCAACCAGAACCAGAUGAUGAAGCAUCGAUUUUAAGGCGAAGAAGGUUGCAAAAAUUCGAGACAUUGAAAGUAAAAGAAUAGAAUUUCUCUUAUUUAUAAAUAAAAACGUGAUACUAAAUGAAUUUCUCUGAUAUUCGAUGCCAGACUGUCACUACACUGUAAUUCUAAGUUUAUGUGAUUUGGAGAUUAGCUAUUAAAUUCUACACUUUUGGAUAUUAAAUUGAUCAUUGAGCAAAAAAAUUUCGAAAUAUCAGAAUAUGUUAAUUCUAUGUUUAUUAUACAUCUUUAUCGUUUUUUCAUAUGUUAAAUUUUCAACAUUUCUUCUUAUUUCUCAUAUCGUCCUGUACAUACAUUUUUUAAAUCGCACGAAAAAUUUCUUUAUUAAAAAUCUUCACCUCAAUCUUCCAUUGUACGCUUUCGCGUCGCUCCGAUUCAUCAUAAGAAUGUAAAAUGUAUAAAUAAUAUACUAGCAUAAUAGUAAAUACUUUAAUUGUAAUUUCUUAAAUAUGCUAUGCACAUGGGGUUGUUAAAAGUCUAAUAUUGCAAAUUAUUGUACGUACAGAAUUCUCAGGUAUUUAGAGGGACUUUUCUUUACGACAUCAAUGUAAAAAAAAA